ACCAAAUAUAUACGAACUUGUUAGAUAGCGUUUCACUUCACAGAAAAAAUGCGAGCACAUAAAGUUAUAGCUAGUGCAAUCGUUGUUCUCUUAAUAAGAUCAGUAAUUCUUUUCUCUUAUGCUAAUGAUGCUGGUAAAAAGUGUACUCGAUCUGAACUAGAAGCACUUCUUAACUUCAGGGAAGGUCUUGUUGAUCCAGAAGAUCGGCUUUCAUCAUGGAAAGGAAACAAGUGUUGUCAGUGGCAUGGUAUUGGUUGUGAUAACUCAACCGGUGCUGUUAACAAGAUUGAUCUCCACAACCCGUAUCCUUUGAGUUAUGGCCAUGAUCAACCCGGAAGGUAUGGUUUCUGGAACCUUAGUGGUGAGAUUAGACCUUCGUUGCUCAAACUCAAGUCGUUGAUUUACUUUGACUUGAGCUACAACACUUUCACGGAAAAUAAGGUCCCAGAAUUCAUUGGUUUGUUAAGAAAUCUGAGAUACCUAAACCUUUCAACAGCGGGGUUUAGUGGUCGGAUUCCUCAAAGUAUUGGAAACCUCUCUCACUUGCAAUAUCUUGAUGUGUCAAGCAACUUUGGUAGUUUAAACGUCCAAACUCUUGAAUGGUUGACCAAGAUUAGGUAUCUGAAGCAUCUCAAGAUGAAUAACGUUGACCUCUCACAAGUGGGCCCAAACUGGUGGGAAAUGUUGAACAAUCUUACGUCACUAACAAUGCUUCAUCUUUCAAGUUGUGGACUUUCCACUCUUUCACCCGUUGAUCUUCCUGCUCUUUCGGAUUUAGACCUCUCUAUGAAUAGCUUUGAUUCCAAGUUUCCCGAUUGGGUUUUGAACCUCACAAGACUUUCUUCCAUAGAUUUAAGUAGCUGUGGGUUUUAUGGAAGAGUUCCACUUAGUCUAGGUGAACUACCAAAUUUACGAUACCUAAGUUUGGCAAUGAAUAACAACCUCACAGUUAGCUGCACACAGUUGUUUAAGGGAAGCUGGCCAAAGAUUGAAGUUCUUGAUUUUGCUUCAAACAAAUUACACGGGAAAAUUCCGGCUGCUAUUGGCAACAUUACUUCUCUCACUUCCCUUAAUCUAUUUCAAAACAACGUCGAGGGUGGAAUUCCUGGUUCAAUUGGAAAACUUUGCAACUUGAAGUUCUUGUCGAUUUCAGGAAACAACAUGACAGGAAGUUUGCCUGAGGUUCUCGAAGGGGUGGACACGUGUGUAUCCAACAGCCCAAUGCCUAAUCUGGAGAGGUUGUCGUUGACCAACAACAAAUUAGUUGGUAGACUUCCCGAAUGGGUAGGUCAGUUGGGUAAUCUUGAAGAACUGGAAUUGGAUUAUAACCAGCUUCAUGGUCCGAUUCCGACGUCUUUAGGGAGAUUACAAAGACUUACUAGUUUGGGACUUGGAAGGAACAAGUUUAACGGGACUCUUCCAGAGAGUUUCGGUCAGCUGUCUGAAUUGACGAACUUUGAUGUCUCUUUCAAUGAUUUGUCUGGCAUUGUUUCCGAAGCCCAUUUCUUGAAGCUAAGUAAACUGACAUUCUUCCAUCUUUCUUCAAAUUCCUUGAUCUUACAUUUGAAAGAUGAUUGGAUCCCACCAUUCCAGGUCCGAAAUCUUGAUCUGGGUUCAUGUCAAGUAGGUCCAUUUUUUCCAAAUUGGCUUAAAACUCAGAAAAAUAUCAACUUUCUUGAUCUCUCCAAUGCCAGUAUUUCUGAUUCAAUACCAUUUUGGUUUUGGGAUACGACCUUUAAUCUAUCUUUGCUAAAUAUUUCGCUCAAUCAGAUACACGGGCAGGUACCAUCUUUAUUACACGUUGCUCCGUUUGCAGACGUUGAUUUGAGCUCGAACCUGUUUGAAGGACCUAUCCCUCUUCCAAGUGUUGAAGUCGAAUUAUUUUAUCUUUCCUUCAACAAAUUUUCUGGUGUUAUUCCAUACAACAUCGGAAAAAUCAUGCCAAAUCUGAACUUCCUCUCCCUUGCAAGUAACCGUUUAUCAGGAGAAAUCCCAUCGUCGAUAGGAGAAAUGGUGUUACUUGAAGUCAUUGAUCUGUUGAAUAAUUCGUUGAUUGGAUCCAUCCCUCCAAGUAUUGGGAAUUGCUUAUAUCUUAAAGCCUUAGACCUUGGAUACAAUAAUUUGUCUGGAGUAAUUCCUGAAUCUUUUGGCAACUUACACUUCCUUCAGUCACUGCACUUAGACGACAAUAACUUUUCAGGAGAGCUUCCUUCAUCGCUUAAAAACUUAUCCCGCCUGGAGACAAUGGAUCUAGCAAACAACAAAUUUUCCGGAGAUAUCCCACCAUGGUUAGCUAAUCAUCUUACAGCUCUUAAAAUUCUAAGCUUGAGAUCAAAUUCUUUUUCAGGAAGAAUCCCUACAAAUUUCCCGGGUUUAUCGAAUCUUCAAGUCCUUGAUCUUGCCUUAAACAAUCUGAGUGGCAUGAUCCCGACAAACUUGGGCAAUCUCACAGCCAUGUCUAAAGAUCGAAUUGUGAAUCAGUAUCGGUUUUAUGGUGUUUACCGUGGAAUAUACUACAAAGAAAGGUUGUUCGUAUAUAUAGAAGGCAGGUUUCUUCAGUACACCAAAACUCUUUCCUUGGUAGCUUACAUGGAUCUAUCAAAAAACAGUCUUCAUGGUCAUUUCCCGGUUGAAUUAACAAGGUUGAUUGGUCUAGUGUUUUUGAAUCUGUCAAGAAACCAAAUCGGUGGUGCCUUGCCGGAAAACAUCUCCAGUUUAGUUCAGUUGGGCUCACUUGAUCUUUCAAGCAACAAGUUUUCAGGCAGGAUCCCUGUUGGAGGACAGAUGACAACCUUUGGAGGAUCUUCAUUUUCCGGAAAUCCAAAUCUUUGUGGACCUCCUCUUGCUGUUAACUGUGGAAGUGACAGCUCUGACAACAAGCCACCUCUUCCAAAUGAUGUCAAAGCUGAAUCUGAUGACGAUAAGUGGUUUCCUUUGAGCAUUGGACUGGGAUUUGCCAUUGGCAUUUUGGUUCCCUCGAUGAUCAUGUGGAUUAGAAGACCUUGGGGUGACGCCUACUUUAAAUAUGUUGAAAGUGUGGUUCAUAGGAUCGAGCGUGUUAAAACAAAAACUGCACAAAUCACAGUCACGUACACAUCAAGAACCGGUCGCCCUUCUUAGUUUAUCAAUUUAAAGUUGUAUUUAAGAUAAAUAUAUUGUAGAUGUGUCAUUUCAUGCCUCCUGAAGUUAUUCUAAAAUAAUAUAGGUACGGAUAUGGACAUGGGUGUGAAGAUUUCUUAAACUAUU